AUGAACUUUCCUCUUUAAAGGGUCAGAUGGAUGCACUAGCCACAUACAGCUCAACGACAGAACUCGUGCUGCCGGUGUUCACAGAGGUAACUUCUUAAGAUGCGACCAGAAGGACCUGUUAACACCCAAAUGGUACAGGUUUACCGGGGGAUCAGGCAAUAUGAUGCCCACCUCCUGUGUUCCAAAACAUUACUGUGGAACGCACGCGCCAGGAUGGCUAAGUGGCUCGCAUCCAACAAGCGUCGGACAGACCGUCAACGGGAAAGUUUGUUUCCACUGGGGAGGGAGUUGUUGCCACUGGCAUGCUAACGUCCAGAUUAAGAAAUGCAAUGGUUUUUACGUUUACAAACUUGAAAGCACACCCGUAUGUUGGCUUCGCUAUUGCGGAAAUGCAGGAUAUGAUAUAUGCAAGAUAAACAACCCGUGUAAAAAUGGCGCUACCUGCAAAUUAAAGAAUGAUGGUUACACUUGCCUCUGCAAGGCUGGUUAUCAGGGAAUCAACUGCGAACAAGAUGUAAAUGAGUGCAAUACCCGACCGUGCCUUAACGGUGGAGCAUGCCAGAAUCUACCAGGAAGUUACAAGUGUAACUGCAAACCGGGAUUUAUUGGAAAACACUGCGAGACUGUCCUGGACGCAUGCUCGCACUAUCAGGUACUGAAUGACAGAUGGAGAGCAGCCAGUGUCCACAGAGGUAACACCCUAAAGUGUGACCAGAAAGAUCUGGUAACGCCCAAAUGGUACAGAUUUACCGGAGCAGCUGGAACUAUGAUGCCCACCUCCUGUAUUCCAAAGCAUUACUGUGGUACGCACGCUCCCGGAUGGCUAAGCGGAUCCCAUCCAACGAACGUCGGGCAAGUUGUCAACGGGAAAGUGUGCUUCCAUUGGAGUGGAAGCUGUUGCCGUUGGCAUGCUAACAUCCAGAUAAAGAGGUGCAACGGCUUCUAUGUGUACAAAUUAGCCAAGACUCCAGUAUGCUGGCUUCGUUACUGUGGAAAUGCAGGAUUUGAUGCAUGCAAAGCGAAUAAGCCGUGUCAAAAUGGUGCUUCCUGUAUCGCAAAGAAUGAUGGUUAUACUUGCCUGUGUAAACCUGGUUUUCAAGGGGUGAACUGCGAACAAGAUAUCAACGAGUGUAUAACAAAGCCUUGUGUUAACGGUGGAACAUGUGAAAACCUGCAAGGAAGCUACAGAUGCAAGUGUAGACCAGGAUUUCUGGGGAAACAUUGUGAAACUGUGUUUGACCCUUGCUUACAUUAUGAGCAACUGAAUGAUCGACAACGUGCCGCAAGUGUCCACAGAGGUAACAGCCUAAAAUGUGACCAGAAAGACCUUGCAACACCCAAAUGGUACAGAUUUACUGGAGCAGCUGGAACUAUGAUGCCUACCUCCUGUGUUCCAAAGCAUUACUGUGGAACGCAUGCACCGGGGUGGCUAAGCGGAUCCCAUCCAACAAACGUAGGACAAGUUGUCAACGGCAAAGUGUGCUUCCAUUGGAGUGGAAGCUGCUGCCAUUGGCAUGCCAACGUCCAGAUAAAGAAGUGCACCAAUUUUUUCGUGUAUAAACUUGUCAGGACACCAGUGUGUUGGCUUCGUUACUGUGGAAAUGCAGGAUUUGAUCCAUGUAAAGCAAGCAAGCCUUGCCAAAACGGCGCCACCUGUGUUAAUAACAAUGGUGAUUACACUUGUCUCUGUAAGCCUGGCUACCAGGGAAGAAAUUGCGAGCAAGAUGUAGAUGAAUGUAAAAACAAUCCUUGUAAAAACGGUGGGAAGUGCACUAAUUUGAUGGGAAGUUACAGAUGUGACUGCGCUCAAGGAUUUACAGGCAAACACUGUGAUCAAGACAUAGACGAAUGCAAGGAAAAUAACCCCUGCAAGAAUGGUGCUACUUGCAUUAACCUGAUUGGCGGAUUUGAAUGCAAAUGUCCGUCUGGUUAUCAAGGAGACACCUGCGAUCAGGAUAUUGAUGAAUGCAUUAACAAUCCUUGCAAGAACACCGGUAACUGUUCCAACACUAUUGGCGGUUACAACUGCAAGUGCAUCCUCGGAUUUGAAGGGAAGGAUUGUGAGAAUGAUGUUGAUGAAUGCAAAGGAAGUAACCCUUGCAAAAAUGGUGGAACGUGCGAGAACAAGAUAGGUACCUACAAGUGCAUCUGCCCAGAUGGAGUUACAGGAUUUAACUGCGAGACAAGUAUGUGAUACCGACAACAAAUAUAACGUAUCCAGCAAUUUUUUUGUGAUGUUAAUGUUGAUGUAACUGCCUCAUAAUCGAAAAUUUUUGAGUCAAGAAAGAAGUAUGACGAGUGAUUGACAAAUAUUUUUGAUAAGAAACGCUUGGACUGUAUGUCUCGUUGUUGUUGGUGGUGGUGGUGAUGAGACAAACAGUAACACAAACUGCCGUCAAUUCAACGUUUUAUGCCUGUCUUUCAUAAACACAAUUGAUUGUAACCCGCGAGUUUCCAGAACCACCCUUCGCAGGAAUCUUACAUUAGGAAGGCAAAGAAUGGUUACACAGGAGUUUCUUACCCAGGGAUAUAACGAUGGCCAGCAUACACCUCGUAUCCACGACACU